UUUUCAGAAUGCACUUGUUUGCUAAUCCAACUACCAUCAAAACUUCAACUAGACAGUUACUUCAGCUGUAGAUCAAGUCGUCGGAAAUAUCUGGAUCCCCCGUCGUUCACACGUCUCCGACCACCGGCAGCCACCGCUGCAUACCAUGCUUGGUGCUUGAAUCAAUUCAUAGUCAAGUAAUGAUCUGAUUGUUAUUUUCCUCUUUCUCAAUCAAAUGAAGGGGUCGGAAAAUAAAAAAGAUCGUAUCUCCUCGUCGAAGGAAGAAUCGGAAGAAGAAAUCCUCUUUCAUCUCGAUGAUUCUUCGUUGACCUCUAAAUCCUUCUCCAAUUACAGAAGUGCGAUGAGCAUUCUAUCGGAUGACUCCGACCACCCACUCGCCACCCCCGCCGAAACCGAUCCUUUACUCUCACCACCGUCUCCGCCUCCACCAGUCAAAAACCCUAAUUCGAACAAUGAUUCACGCAUUGACCCUCUGACAUACGCGCAUGUGAACUUCAUGCCUCCAAAUAGAGACGAUCAAUCGUUGUCUGUCGAAAACCCUAGCGAAGAAUCUGAAAUCGUGGUACCGUUGUCAACACCACCGUAUUUGAAAAUAACAGUGUCGAAUCCACAUAAAGAAGUAGAAUCAUCGAAUUCAAUCGUUCCGGGAGGCAAUACUUAUGUCACGUAUCUAAUCACGACGAAAACGAACAUGCCAGAGUUUGGUGGACCGCAGUUUACUGUAAGGCGGCGGUUUAAGGACGUGGUAACAUUAUCAGACCGACUACUUGAGGCGUACCGAGGGUUUUUUAUACCUCCCAGGCCAGAGAAGAGUGUAGUCGAGAGUCAAGUUAUGCAAAAGCAUGAGUUUGUUGAACAAAGAAGAAAUGCAUUGGAGAAAUACUUGCAGAGAUUGGCCAAGCAUCCCGUCAUCAGGCAGAGUGAUGAGUUGAGAGUGUUUUUACAGGUUCAGGGAAAGCUUCCAUUGCUGCCCACUGCUGCUGUAACGUCAAGGAUGCUCGAUGGCGCAACAAGGUUGUCAAAACAGUUGCUUGGGGAUACUUCAGGUGGUGGCAGUGUUAGGAUUCAGCCUGAGGAUGUUGUGCAGCCUGCAAAAAGCAGGUGGGAUUUUCUAAGGAUUAUGAAGGAGAUGAACCAAGCUGUGAGUAAUGAUUGGGGAGGAUCUAAACCAUCUAUAGCUGAGGAAGAUACUGGGUUUCUUGAAAAUAAGAAGAGACUGCUUAAUCUUGAGAAGCAACUUACCAAUGCUUCCAAGCAGGCAGAAUUGUUUGUCAAAGCUCAACAAGAUAUGGCAGAGACAAUGGGGGAAUUUGGGCUUGCAUUUAUUAAAGUGACAAAGUUUGAAAACGACCAGGCAGUUCUUGAUACUCAGAAGAAAAGGGCUGCUGACAUGAAGAAUUUGGCUACUACUGCCAUUAAAGCUAGUAGAUUAUAUCGGGAAUUAAAUUCGCAUACUGUUAACCAUUUGGAUAUGCUUCAUGAUCACAUGGGAUUAUUACUAGGAGUCCACAAUGCAUUCUCAGAUCGUUCUAGUGCGUUAUUGACUGUUCAAACUAUUACAACUGAACUGGAUUCUUUGUACUCACAAGCUGAAAAACUGGAAUCAUCAUCCUCCAAAACAUAUGGCAGCGAUAAGUCAAAGACACUCAAACUGGGUGAGGUUAGGGAAGCUAUUAGAGUCACCGAGGAUGCAAAAAACAGUGCUAUGAGAGAGUACGAGCGGAUUAAGGAAAAUAACAGGACUGAAAUUGAUAGGCUAGACACAGAAAGGAAGGCAGAUUUCAAAAACAUGUUGAAGGGAUUUGUGCUUAAUCAGGUAGCUAUAUCGGAGAAAAUUGGGAUGGAAUGGGGAAAAAUUGCAGGGGAGACGAGUGGAUACGCAGAACAUGGCGGUUGAGGUAGGGAAUUUUGUACAUUCAGUUUUUGUUUUUUUUAGGUUUAACUUAUUCAUGUUCUGGUAGCCGAAUAGAGCCAGCCAGCCAACUACAAUAUACACAAAAAUAAGAAGGAUAAGUGGAAAUCAUUUUGUUUUACAUGUUGUAUUCCACAUUUUAGUCGUUAGGUCGAAUAUAAUGGUUUUGUCGUUUUUGUUGACUGUUAGGCCUUCAUUUCUCGAUCAAUGAUUUGACAUUUUUCGUUCA